AUGACGGAUCUGGUCAAGGAGGCAAUGGUAGCUUGGAAAGAAAUACCAAGAGAGACCAAAAGUACACCUGUCGACACAAGCAAAACCAAUUGCACCAUCUCGCGGUCGGAAGAAACUCCACGUGUCAACACAAGGUCAAGGAGGAAGCUCGAAAAGCGAGGCAGGUGUCCUUGGUUGGAACAUAUGGUACAGAAGUCCACGUGGAGGACAGGUAGUGGGAACCCCGAGGAAGUCGACGUGUCAACUGAAUGGCGAACCGCGGAUUACGGGAUAUUUGUGUACGGAAUGGCAUCGGGUGUUGUGCUAUUAGGACAGGUUUUGUAA